CCGGCUUCUAUAUUAUGGCACCAUCAUACCGGCGUCCGUCCCGCAUUCCUGCCGAUACUCGACAGAUGAAGACAGCAGCGCUAGCCCCACCUUCGACGGACUCGCUCCUUCCCUCGACCGGGAACCAUGUAAGAAGUGCUGCCAGCAUCAGGCACAGUAGGCUUCCAAAAAGAAUAUUACAGUCAGAGGCGCGUCCUGAGCGAGCAUCAAAGACAGCCAGAAUGGAGAAUGGUACAACCCAGUUCUCUCAGAGCCGGGCUUCUCUACGCGAUAUCACAGAGGAGGAGAUGAGUAGGCCGGGCUCCUCGCUCCCCCAGGGCCAGGAUUCGACUGGUCUAUCCCAGCCAGGAUACACUACUGCGGCUGCAACAACGCCGAACACUGCCGCCAUGCCACAACCAUUGCAAAGGCCCCGGGAAGCCUCAGUGUCCAUUCAUUCUUUCAGCGAGCAAGAGCCCAAUCCCGACAGUCAGAUCAGUGGAAGUGGUGAUUCUCAGUCAUACCGGCAGUCUCCACAAGAAUGGUUGCUCGCUGACUAUGAUGGUUCACAAGUAAACAGACUGACUCAGCUGAAGCCGGUCAUUCCCACCUACUCGUCUAAUCAAAUCAGAGUUUCCAAAUCAGACAGCGAGGCAUUUGAGGAGGUGACUCUCUGUGCACGGCGGCAGUUUAUUGCUACUCUGGAUAAUAAAAGAGUGAUAUGGCCAGUCGAGCAGGUAUUUCCCGGCCUCUCUGCCACUCGUGAGAUGUACAAGAAUGCGGUAGCCCGUGUCCGUGAUCUUUAUAAAACAUGGAAGAACAAGUCCUUGGACCUGGCAUUAAGGAAAUUCAAUAAUUGGAUUCUUACUCUCACACCUCGGCAGGUGCAAAGGAUCCGUGAAUCAACCGACUUUGUCCUUGUUCAGCAGGCUAUAGCUAGCCAGUUUAAAUUUAGCUGGGUAUUUGACGUCUUCCCUUGGGCUCAGCAGGUAUUAUCUAUUGAUGACUGCUCUAGUCUAGGUAGAGAUUGGUUACAGUAUAUUACAACCCAGCUUAUGGCAUUGACUUAUUUUGCGAGUGCCAGUGAACAAUAUUUCAUGAAUGCAUCCAGCACUGCUAUACCAAAUGAAUGGAACCGCUACUUUGUUCUGCGUGUCUUUGACAAUUUACAUGAUUGCAAUAGAUUUCGGGAUAAGCUUGGCAUUGAGGACUUUCCCCGCCGUUCGGUGCCUGCGAUUAGGAUGCGCCGUGCCCGUCUGAAUAUUGACAUAAAUGAACUUCCGGAAGGUGACCCUGCCACAGUACAUAAGGAAGAACGCCCCCUUCUAGAAGAUUCUGACGGGUCAGAUCACUCUGAUAGUGAAGUGGAUGCAGCUAGGUCCCAAUUACAAGGACCGGGGCUGGCUAUUCAGAACGAGAAUGAGGCGGCUGCAACUAUGCCUGGUACUGGUGGACAGGGGCAACAGCAGAGCAAUAGGAAUGAGGAUGGGGGUGAGUAUGACACUGACAGUGAGUAUGGGUAUGAAAAUGAGAAUGAGAAUGAGAAUAACAAUGAGAAUAACAAUGAGAAUAACAAUACUGGACGGGAGCCGGAAGAUACAAACAGGACAAGGAAAAGAACACUGGGCCGGAACUCAAACAUGUAGGCUACGAUAUCUGC